AUGAUUACAGAUCAUCAAUCAUAUAAGAAUGCAGAAAAGAUUUGCUUCUGUGUUAACAACUUCAUCUUUGCAGUCGUAUUCGUAUUAUUGGCUAAUUCUGAUUAUUCUAUUGUCGAGCUGUACGUAGUCUUCUCUACAAAUAUUACCAUGGUUUCAAUGUCAACUUUAAUCAAAUGCAUUAUAGUAUUGACACUUUUCAUUUUUUGUCAAAUUCAUUCGGCAAAAAAGGUUGAUAACAAUUAUGAAUUGAAUGAUAUUGAUCUUGGUGAUGAUCUUUAUGAAACAUUACCUAUUCAACAUCAUCGACUUCUUCAUCAUCAAGAUUUUCGACGAGCUUCAUUACGUUAUCAUCCUCAUGUUUUAUAUAAAAAAGCCAGUCUUCGACCAAUUAUUGGUCACAAUGACAAAAUUACAUUUACCAAACGAGAUCGAGUUCGACGUUAUUUAUCAUCAUUGAUCAAUUAA